CGCAGACGCACGCAUCACGUCACGACACAGAACAGAAACGAGAGAAAGAAGCGGACAGCGCAGAAAACAGGACGGACAUCAGUACCAAAAGACACAGACGAGAAAUACGCGACAGGCAGAUAAGCGCCGAGUGUCUGGAGAGCGAUGAGGGCGGCGGUGUUUUGCGGGGCUGUGUUGAUGCUCGCACUGUCCUCGGUAAAAGAGGCUGAGGGCGAAAACGGAAUUUCCUUUGAGUACCACCGCUAUGAGGAAAUGAGAAAAUCGUUAGUAUCUGUGUGGCUGCAGUGUCCAUCCAUCACCCGCAUCUACACUGUAGGAGAGAGCUUUGAGGGUCGCGAGCUGCUCGUGCUGGAGAUGAGCGACAAUCCCGGGAUACACGAGCCUGGUGAGCCGGAGUUUAAGUACAUUGGAAACAUGCACGGGAAUGAGGCAGUGGGCAGAGAACUGCUCAUCUAUCUGGCUCAGUAUCUCUGUAAUGAAUAUCAGGAGGGCAACGACACCAUCAUUGACCUCAUCCACUCCACACGCAUACACAUCAUGCCCUCCAUGAACCCCGACGGCUUUGAGAAGGCAGCUUCACAGCCUGGUGAGAUGAAGGACUGGUUUGUGGGCCGCAGCAACGCUCAGGGGAUUGACCUGAACCGCAACUUUCCAGACCUCGACCGCAUUGUCUACAUGAACGAGAGAGAAGGAGGAGCAAACAACCACCUCCUGAAGAACAUGAAGAAAGCUGUGGAUGAAAACACCAAGCUGGCUCCAGAAACUAAAGCUGUUAUUCACUGGAUUAUGGACAUUCCUUUUGUCCUGUCAGCCAAUCUGCAUGGUGGAGAUGUGGUGGCAAACUACCCAUAUGAUGAGACACGCAGUGGCUCUACUCAUGAAUACAGCGCUAGUCCAGAUGAUCUGGUCUUCAAGUCUUUGGCUAAGGCUUACUCCAUCUAUAACCCAGUGAUGUCUGACACAAACCGGCCACCUUGCCGCAAGAAUGAUGAUGACUCCAGCUUCAAAGAGGGCAUCACUAAUGGAGGAGCCUGGUACAGUGUGCCUGGAGGUAUGCAGGACUUCAACUAUCUGAGCAGUAAUUGUUUUGAGAUCACUCUGGAGCUCAGCUGUGACAAGUUUCCACCCGAGGACUCACUUAAACAGUACUGGGACCAGAACCGCAACUCACUGGUCAACUACAUAGAGCAGGUUCACAGAGGAGUGUCAGGAUUCGUUCGUGAUCUGCAGGGAAACCCCAUCUCAAACGCCUCUGUUUCUGUUGAGGGAAUCGACCACGACAUCACCACAGCUAAAGACGGUGACUACUGGCGCUUGUUGGCUCCUGGAAACUACAAAGUGUCUGCAUCUGCUCCAGGAUACCUGACUGUGGUCAAGAAAGUGGCCGUUCCCCACAGCCCCUCCACACGGCUGGACUUUGAGCUGGAGUCUCUGGAGGAGAGGAAGGAGGAGGAGAAGGAGGAGCUCAUGGACUGGUGGAAGAUGAUGUCAGAGACGCUCAACUUCUAACUCAAAUACAUCACAACAGUUUAUGGGUGUAAAAUAUUUAUUGUUGUCGUGUGUGUGUGCUCAUCAACUUAAACAGCAUAGAGUUUUUUUAGGGAUCGUUUUACGCUAGAGGCACUGCGUCCAGACUUAUUAACAUUAGACAUUUGCACAUUCAAGUGGUCCUUGAUUAUGAUUUGAUUUUUUAAUCUAAAACUGGGGUGUAUUAGGGUGACACGGUGGCUCAGUGGUUAGCACUGGCGCUUCAGAGCAAGAAGAUCACUGGUUUGCGUCCCGGCUGGAUCAGUUGGCAUUUCUAUGUGGAGUUUGCAUGUUCUCCCUGUGUUGGUGUGGGUUUCCUCCGGGUGCUCCGGUUUCUUCCACAGUCCAAACACAUGCGCUAUAGGUGAGUUGAAUCAACUAAAUUGUCCGUAGUGUAUGUGUGUGAAUGAGUGUGUAUGGAUGUUUCCCAGUACUGGGUUGCAGCUGGAAGGGCAUCUGCUGUGUAAAACAUGCUGGAUAAGUUGGUGGUUCAUUCCGCUGUGGUGACCCCUGAUGAAUAAAGUGACUAAUCCGAAGAAAAAUGAAUGAAUGGUGUGUAUUAUUGCAGUUUGAGCAUAAACAACAGACUGCAAUUUAAUGAUGCUCAAAGGGAGAUACACUAGAUAAAGUGAUUCAUUUUUUAAAAAGAAAGUAAACCCGCUGCCCUAAAAGUGAGUAAUCCCAUUGUAACUUGGAACUGUUGAGUUGACUUAACUUAAUUUUUAUAAUUAUUAGGGAUGUAACGGUAUUGUAAAUACCGUCAUACCGCAAUAUUAAAUUUUUUCGAUAAAACUAUAGGUCUUCAGAGAAAAUUUGCUCAGGCGAAUGAAGCGAACGGGAGGUAGCUGAAACUACAUUUCCCAUCAGCCCAGGCGUGGCCAUAAUCCUUUGCGGUCUGUUGUCGCUACAGAUCCAGUAAUGCGGAAAUGGAGUGUGCUGCUAGUAGCGGAGAUGAAAAAAAGAUGGAAAUGAUCGAACCUAAAGCGGGUGUUGUCGCCGCGCGCGUGCUGAAUAGCGGUGCUGUCGCGCGCGUUCUGAUCAGCUGUGUUGUGGCGCGCGUAUUGUAAAGCGCCGAGGGGGGGUUGAGCGCGCAUACUCAAGAGAGGUGUUUUCGCGCGCCUACUGAAGGGCUGGACUGGACGGAGGUUGUGUCGCGUCGCGGGGGCACUUUUGAUCGUUUUGGAAGGGCAUUUUCUAUCCAAAACUAAAAAGGGCAUGUGCACUGCACAGGUUGAGCCCUAUGUGUGCACGUGCCUGCAAGUUGGGGAAUACGACUAAUAACAGUCAUGGGGACUGCAGAAACACAGCACACUGUUCAGAUUGAUGCAGACAUUGACUUGUACCGCAAAGAGACCCUCUAUCUUACUCAUGGUUUGUCCUCUCAAGUGGGGGAAAGACAAUGCACAACGUUACCCACUGCUGUCAACAUGGGCCAAGUCAUAUCUCUCUUGUCCCAGAAACCUCAUUCCCAAAUGAGAGGGUUUUUUUCUGUUGCAGGGGACAUUGUAAAUACCCAGAGAUACCAGCUUUUACCAGAUUAUAUUUAUAUGAUAAUUUUCCUUUAAACCCAUCUCUAUCUAAGUGAGUGAUUAAAUGUUAAAUGUGAUGAGUUUUCAACAAUACUAAAUUGAAACUUUAUUUUUUUACAUGGUUUAAUAAUUUUUUGUUAUUAAAAUUGAAGUUCCUGUUUCAAAGCUAACAGAUAGAUGGCUAAUUUGUAUGUCAUUGACACUUUUGGCACUUUUUUGGAGUAUUUUCAAAAGUUUUUUUUUUACCGUGACAUUCAUACCGAGGUAUUACCGUACCGUGAAAUUCUGAUACCGUUACAUCCCUAAUAAUUAUGCAUGUUGUUUAUUUACUUAAUAAUUUUAAGCUGAUGAGUUUACUCAGUUUUUUAAAUAAAGUCAACUCGUCGCUUUAAAGCAGUCCCUGCAGGCACAGGACAUCAACAUGACGUCAUAUUGGCGUUGUACCCUAGUGUUGUGGGGAUAUUGGAUUUUGUUUGGAAAUGAAAAUCAGGUUGACGUCAGAACCCAGCGUCAGGUCGAUGUCAAUGUCCAACCUAAAAUCAACCAGAUAUUAACGUCUAAUCAUGUUACACAUUGAAGUUGUGUGGACGUUACCACUAUGACAUCUAUCAGACGUUGGAUUUUGGUCACUUUCCAACACAACCUAAAAUUAACCAAAUAUCAAUGUUAUUUGACGUCGUUAUUGGACGUAAAAAUAACGUUCUCAGAUGCUGCCUAGAUAUUGAAUUAUGAUCACCUGACGUCAUCACCUAAAUGUAACCUAAUAUUAACGUCUAAUGAUGUUGUGUGCCUGCUGGGGCAUGUUUACUUUCCUUCUAAGUGAUCUUAUUUUACGGUGUAUUUUCUUAUGCAGACUAUAGAAGAAAUGGCAGGUAAGGACAACGGCAAGAUUCUUCCUUUAUGUAAAUUUUAGAGUUAAUGAUGUAAACCCAUUAUAACAUUACUAACCCUAAAAUUUACAUAAAGCCUACCCCAGGUGUGGCAUUUUCUUCAAAUGUCCACUUGAGCAGCUAGUGAAUCAGCACACACUAGGCCAGCUGACCAAUCAGAGCCCAUUGUGUUUUUGUGAGGGAGGGGCUUCAGAAAACUAGACAGUCAACAGACUUCCAGAAGAGAAUAGAAACGGUAAAAAAACGUAAAAUAUGUUAAAUAUAUUAACCAAAGGGCGUCACGGUGGCACAGUGGGUAGCAUGAUCGCCUCACAGCAAGAAGGUGUCUAGUUCGAGCCCCAGCUGGGUCAGUUGGCAUGUUCUCCCCGUGUCCGUGUAAGUUUUCUCCAGGGUUUCCUCCAAAGACAUGCGCUAUAGGUGAAUCGAGGAAACUAAAUUCUCUGUAGUGUAUGUGUGUGAAUGUAUAUAGGUGUUUCCCAGUGUUGGGUUGCAGCUGGAAGGGCAUCCGCUGCGUAAAACAUAUGCUGGAUAAGUUGGAGGUUGAUUCCGCUGUGGCAACCCCUAUCCUUGUAAAUAUUUAUGUUUUACGCUAAAGAUAUGCAAGUCUGAUGAAGUGCUGCUAAUGUAAAGGUGGUCCUAUUGCAAGUUUUAUACACAUUGUGUAUCAUUACCACAUAUAAGAAAUGAAGAUAUCUUGUAGGAUGUUUAACCAAUCUGUUCUUCAUUGUGUUUAACAUUGAUAUUGUGAGGUUUGUUUUAUUUUUUUACUAUGGUUUAUUUGUAGCUAGGAUCACCAAUCUCACCAACCAAUCAGAGAGCACUGUGUCGUGAUGAAUGUACGUGUCAGCAGUUUAUUCUGAUUAUGAAAGCACUCAUUUACACCCAAUCACACGUCUCUUUCUGUUCAAACUCUGUGUGGGUUUCUGCUUGAUGUUUUGAACGGGAGUGCUUUUGAUAAACCCUUCAUUUGCUGAUUCUUUAACACUUACAGCUUUGAUUAUCGCAUCAGAUAAUGAAAAAAAUGGAAGAGGUUAUCAACUGAACUCCUACCUUGUGUUAUAAGAACUAUAUAGGAAAUUAAAUAAUUAUAAACAUAUGAUAGAUUAUAGCUAUAAAUCAGUAUUAUUUAUGUUUGUUGAGCAGAGAGUUUCAUUUCAGAUCAUAUAACGGCAGAUUUUAACAGCACAAACUAAACGAAUAGAGGUUAUUUAGAUCUGGUGGUUUUGUAAUCUAUACCAAAAUGCACAAUCUGUGAUGAAGUACUAUCUGCAGUCUUUAUUACACAUUCUGUAAUAUUUAUUGUCUUUUUUGUCUGUUUAAGUAUCUUUAUAAGUAGUGUUUUUGUUCUGUAUUAUGAAAUGGCACGCUAAUGCUACAUCAAUCAUCGUUACGAUCAAGUCUAUAGUCACAAUUUCUCAUUGUUUCAACAGUUUAUCCUCUGAUUUUUGGGAUGAUCAUGCUCAUUUUGAUUAAACUAGAGGCUUAAACCUUAAAUAUUAUUAGCAUUUCAAGCCAGCUUAUAUAUUUCUCCUUUGAAACUUCAGUGGUAUGUCUUGUAUAUGAAUGUAUCGAAGGUUUAUUAAAUGGAAUGACGCAAUUCACAGCCAAAAUAAACUUCCCUUUCUGUUGUCA